AUGGCAGACGCACCUUCGGCAGCCAGGUACUAUGGCUGUGGUCUGGUGGUCCCUGAUUGUCUGGAGGGCUGCAGGGUGCUUGAUCUUGGAUGUGGGAGCGGACGGGACUGCUACAUGCUCAGCCAGCUUGUAGGAGAGAAGGGACAUGUCACAGGUAUCGACAUGACUGAAGAUCAGCUUGAGGUGGCUAGGAAAUACAUCGACUACCACAUGCAAAGAUUUGGCUAUAAAAAGCCAAAUGUGAAUUUUGUUCAAGGCUACAUUGAGGCCCUGGCAGAAGCAGGUCUGGUGGAGAAAUCAUAUGAUAUCAUCAUAUCAGACUGUGUGGUGAACCUGUCACCAGGUAAAACCAGUGUCCUGAGAGAGGCUUACCGUGUACUGAAGGAUGGAGGGGAAUUGUACUUUAGUGAUGUUUAUAGUGAUGCUAGAAUCCCUGAAGACCUCAAGGCCAACAAAGUGUUAUGGGGUGAGUGCCUCACUGGAGCAUUGUGGUGGAAAGACCUGAUACAACUGGCUGAAGAGGUUGGGUUCUGUAAACCCAGACUGGUUACUGCAAGUAUCAUCACUGUGGGCAACAAGGAACUAGAGAAACUGCUUGGUGACUACAAAUUUGUGUCAGCCACAUACCGGCUCUUCAAGUUACCAAAAGGUUCAGAGAAGAAGUCCUGUCUGGUCAUGUACAAUGGAGAAAUUACAGGUGCGGAGGAAAGCUUCGCGUUUGAUGCCCAGUAUACCUUUAAGGUAGAUACAGAGAUGGAGGUGGAUGGUGUUGUGGCCAGCAUCUUGAACAACUCCAGAUUUUCUGAAGAAUUCACAUUUCAGCGUCAGGGGUUGAACACCUCCGGCUCUGGAGGAUGCUGGGCCAAACCCAAGGCAGUGUCAGUGAAUCCCUUUGUGCUGGUCCAGCAGUUGGGCAGUGCAAGUGUAACUCCUUCCACUUGGGGGUGCUGUGGAGACCAGCAAUCACUGCUGCCAGUGACUCCCACCCAGCAAAUGUAACAGUACUGUUUGAUUUUUACUUGAAAAGAACACAUUAUUUGUUGUUAAUUGUGACUGUGAUUGUGUAAAAAUUUAAUAGUACCAUAUAUACUAUACUAUAGUAUUACUUAUAAUUUGUGAAAGGUAACACAAGGAAAAACAAUAAGAAAAAAGAUGUUUUAAUUAAAUCUUUAAUCAUACUGCAGAUAAAUGUAUAGCAUUGACCAGUACCUCACACAGGUCUAUAUAGUUGCAUAAUCCAAAGUGUUCACCUGUCAGGUUUAAUCUUUAUUGUGAUCUUUAUUGUAUUGCCAAACAUAAGCAAACUGAAAACACAUGUUUUAUUGAACUUUUGUAAUCAAAUCACUUUUUCCGUUGCUGUAAUAAAAAUACGUUUGAGCUGACUG